AUGGAAAACGCAUUGUUGAUGCGAGUGAGUGUUUUCUCCGACCAGGGAGGCAGGAAAUACAUGGAGGAUGUUACCGAGGUUGUAAUGGAGCCCGAGCCGGGGGAAGACGAGCUGAACUCGGACGAACAAGACGAGACCAAAGAGAAUAGCUCGACGGUCCACACUGUGCCGGAAAAGCCUGAAAACGAGCAGCAAGAUCGGACUGCACACAACGCACUGAACGAUCCUCGAUCUGCCUCUACUAAAGUUGCAUGGACACAAAAUGGGGACCAAAGUUGUGCAGCCGCGGCACUGGCAGUAUCGAAAGUGGAGAGUUUACCGGCUGCGAUCAAGAGCGAUAACCACCCCCAGCGCUCAGUGGCUUUCUUCGCGGUGUUUGAUGGCCACGGAGGCCGCGAGGCAGCGCAAUUCGCACGGGACUAUUUGUGGGAAUUCAUCAAGAAACAGCGGGGCUUUUGGUCCAAGGAUGACGAGGAAGUGUGUGCAGCUAUUCGGAAAGGUUUCGUUGCCUGCCACCAUGCAAUGUGGAAAAAACUACGUGAGUUAAAUAAUCAUCCAUGUGUCUAGAUAGCUAGUUUUGUAUAUUGGGAUUUGUGUUUUCGCAUCUCGUACAUUUUAGCUAGCAAGCCUCUAAACGAGCAAACGCUAAGAAUUAAAUGGCCACCACAGGCUCGAUGUGGCUGAAUGUGUGGUUUGGGUUCUCUGGCUUGGCUAGCAAAAUAAACCUACCAUCGCUUGCCACCUGUCUGUAGUAGAGCAAAGAAAGAGACAUCCCAUGAUUCCUCUCUAAACCCCCAACCUAUCAGGUCACACACAAGCGGGCUCGGUGAAUUAGUGACGGGAAGUUCGGCUCUAUUUACUGAGUCGUUCAGUCAAAAGAACGAAUCUUUCGACUCAUUUCGUUAAUUUGAGUCAGUAAUGCCCAGAGCACGUAGGACCCCCCUACCGGCGAACGAUGAACUGAAAACUCCAACGAGUCAUGAUUCUUCACCAUAGGGGGCUUGAUUAUUGGAGCUGUUAUUUGGGACAGACUUGCAAACGUGUGCUUUAAACAAUGUACAUUUGUUGAUUGCUAGGCAUACAAAUAAGAUUAUUUCUUGAUACAUUUGAAACGAGGUCUAGUUGUGUCCGCAACCGGACUAGAUUGUGAACGACUCUUGUUGACAAUUGGCGGAAUGUAUUGUUCUGCCUGCGGUGAGCACAGCUGCAGUGAGGGUGAUGAGUACAAUGCCGUUCGGGAACUGCAGCCCCCCCAAAACAAGUUUGUUGAGCAGAGGCAUGUUUUGUGUCUACAAAGACAGUUGGUAGUCGGAGCAGGUGUUUGGAGCCGCCGAGCCUGAGGAAUGUGUUUAAUCCUACUGUAAAAUAGCCGAUCUCAGUCCUCUUUUAAUAAAGUAAAUAAAGUCAACUCUGGUUGACUACAUUUACAUUUUCGUCAUUUAGCAGACGCUCUUAUCCAGAGCGACUUACAAAUUGGUGCAUUCACCUUAUGAUAGCCAGUGGGACAACCACUUUACAAUAUAUAUAUAUCUUUAUUUUCUAUUUUAUUUUUUUUUGGGGGGGGGGGGGGGGGGGGUAGAAGGAUUACUUUAUCCUAUCCCAGGUAUUCCUUAAAGAGGUGGGGUUUCAAGUGUCUCCGGAAGGUGGUGAGUGACUCCGCUGUCCUGGCGUCGUGGGGGAGCUUGUUCCACCAUUGGGGAGCUUGUUCCACCAUUGGGGUGCCAGAGCAGCGAACAGUUUUGACUGGGCUGAGCGGGACCUGUGCUUCCGCAGAGGUAGGGGGGCCAGCAGGCCAGAGGUGGAUGAACGCAAUGCCCUCGUUUGGGUGUAGGGACUGAUCAGAGCCUGAAGGUACGGAGGUGCCGUUCCCCUCGUAGGCAAACACCGUGGUCUUGUAGCAGAUGCGGGCUUCAACUGGAAGCCAGUGGAGUGUGCAGAGGAGCGGGGUGACGUGAGAGAACUUGGGAAGGUUGAACACAUUUACAUUUUAGUCAUUUAGCAGACGCUCUUAUCCAGAGCGACUUACAGUUAGAGGAAUCGAACCCACAACCCUGGCGUUGCAAACGCCAUGCUCUAUCAACUGAGCUACAUCCCUGCCGGCCAUUCCCUCCCCUACCCUGGACGACGCUGGGCCAAUUGUGCGCCGCCCCAUUGGUCUCCCGGUUGCGGCCGGCUACAGCAGAGCCUGGAUUGGAACCAGGAUCUCUAGUGGCACAGUUAGCACUGCGAUGCAGUGCCUUAGACCACUGCGCCACUCAGGCGGGCUGCAGCGUUCUGGAUAAAUUGUAGGGGUUUAAUGGCACAGGCAGGAAGCCCAGCCAACAGCGAGUUGCAGUAAUCCAGACGGGAGAUGACAAGUGCCUGGAUUAGGACCUGUGCCGCUUCCUGUGUAAGGUAGGGUCGUACUGCGAAUGUUGUAGAGCAUGAACCUACAGGAUCGGGUCACCGCUUUGAUGUUAGCGGAGAACGACAGUGUUGUCCAGGGUCACGCCAAGGUUCUUUGCACUAUGGGAGGAGGACACAACGGAGUUGUCAACCGUGAUGGCGAGAUCAUGGAGCGGGCAGUCCUUCCCCGGGAGGAAGAGCAGCUCCGUCUUGCCGAGGUUCAGCUUGAGGUGGUGAUCCGUCAUCCACACUGAUAUGUCUGCCAGACAUGCAGAGAUGCGAUUCGCCACCUGGUUAUUAGCUAUAUGGAAUUGUUUUAAGAAGGGCAUACCAAGGAUCAUUUUGCUAUUUAACUUAGGAUUUUAAGACCCCUUGAAGUAUAUAAAAAAACAUUUUUGAUGAACAUUUUUAUUUGGCCUAACUGCUAUUAGGCCAUACAAACGCAUUAAAUAACAGAUUCACUACAUGGAAAACAACAGUCAUACAUUUUUUUGGAAGUUUGGCCAUACAAACACAUUAAAACAGAUUCACUACAUGGAUUCUGAAGUGUAUCAUAUUUGAGAGAGAUAUAAAAAAGAUCAGGAAAUAUAUAUAUAUAUAUAUAUAUAUAUAUAUAUAUAUAUAUAUAUAUAUCAUGUAUUUAACCCCUUAUUUUUGUCACUAAACAGUCUCCAUAUAUACUUCCAUUCCUUUUUUCAACUGGUACAGGUGGACCUUCAAACAAGUCUUGUGAGGCCCAUCCUAGAGCAAAACAACCGGUACAUACACUACCAGUCUAAAGUUUGGACCCACCUACUCAUUCAAGGGUUUUUCUUUAUUUUUACUAUUUUCUACAUUGUAGAAUAAUAGUGAAGACAUCAAAACUAUGAAAUAACACAUAUGGAAUCAUGUAGUAACCAAAAAAGUGUUAAACAAAUCAAAAUAUAUGUUAUAUUUGAGAUUCUUCAAAUAGCCACCCUUUGCAUUGAUGACAGCUUUGCACACUCUUGGCAUUCUCUCAACAAGCUUCAUGAGGUAGUCACACGCUGCUAUUUAUUGCUGACCAGCAGAUGUCACUGUCAACAGAUACUGAAGUAAUGAACCGUUUUUCAGCACAAUUUGGUGAAAGCGCUGAAGUUCAUAAAGCCUCGGUUUCCCAUCACUAGUUAUGGCAGGGGAAACGGUGUUGCAGUAGUCAAGUGUGUGGUGCGGGAAUAAUGACGAGCGAACCCGGGGAGCUUUGUGUUCACAUUGCCCUAAAAAGGGAACCGGACUCAGACCUGGUCUCAGUUCGGUUCGCUUCGGAGGGCUCUUUUUGAGGGGUCUGAGUUCCUUUGGAGUGUUCAUACUGCACACAUUUAGUUUUUAAUUGUCUGAAAGGGACGGAGUGUGAAAACACCCAGCACUAGCAGGUCAAACGAACAACUAAAAUGAACGAGUCACUCAAAAAAAACGAGUCAUGACUCUCGAGUCAGUAAAAAGAGUAGUUAAAAAAUAACUAAUCGUUCACGAACUGCACGUCACUACCGUGAAUGCGAUUUUCCCAUGGUGCCGUCCUCUGUUUGCCUUCGAUACACAUGACAAUGGUGCAGCUGCUUGUUUGGAAAGAGUUUUGGCGACGGUUGUUUUGACCUCGAUGGCAUAACAAAUCCGGUUUAUUGCUGGACUAGGCAGGCCAGGCAGCAUGUGAGAUCUGAUAUUGUUGGUUGUAAAGGAGAGUCUGCAUGAUGCAUCAUAUCUAUUGGAUUUGGAAAGACCAAUGCGCCCACCCCCACUUAGGUAUGAUGAAUGUUCCCCCCCCUCUUUUAUUAUUUGAUGAACAAGUCUCUUGGCCUAUCAGCUGUGAGGGCAGUUGUAUUUAGGGCGGUCAUCAGCGAUUCGCUCUGGUUCCUUCGACUGCCCUGUCAAGUCACUAGUACAGUGUACUCUACACACAAGGAGCAUCCUGGGAAAACCCAAGGAUGGAUGUGCACAUUUUUUGUUCCAGCCCAGUAUUAACACACCUGAUUCAAUUUAUCAACUAAAUCAAGCCCUUUGAUGAGUUGAGUCAUGUGUUUGUUAGUGCUGAGUGCUGACCUGGAACAAAAAUGUGCAGCAACUAUUUGUUAUGUCUAUGGAUGUGUCCCAAAUGGUACCCUAUACUCUAUAUCAGGGCUGCCCAAUCCUGUUCCCGGAGAGCUACCCUCCUGUAGGUUUUCGCUUCAACCCCAGUUGUAACUAACCUGAUUCAGCUUAUCAACCAGCUAAUCAUUAGAACCAGGGGUUGCAGCGAAUAGAGACAGUAGUUCUCCAGGAACAGGGUUGGAGUUAAAACCUACAGGACGGUGGCUCUCCAGGAACAGGGUUGGAGUUAAACCUACAGGACGGUAGCUCUCCAGGAACAGGGUUGGAGUUAAAACCUACAGGACGGUGGCUCUCCAGGAACAGGGUUGGAGUGAAAACCUACAGGACGGGGGCUCUCCAGGAACAGGGUUGGAGUUAAAACCUACGGGACGGUGGCUCUCCAGGAACAGGGUUGGAGUGAAAACCUACAGGACGGUAGCUCUCCAGGAACAGGGUUGGAGUUAAAACCUACAGGACGGUAGCUCUCCAGGAACAGGGUUGGGCAGCCAUAAUUCACUACUUACUUGUUUGUAAUCUGGAGAAGCAUCUGGCUCUCAUCCUGACCCUGUAUUGUGUGUUCCUCUGAUCUCACUGGCCUGCUGUUCUGCCGGUCUGUCUGUGAAGAUGGCAGACAAAGUUGUCUUUUUAGUUUAAAGGUCAUGAACAGUCAAUCAUGUUUUUCAUGAAAUGUGAUGAUAUUUGAAGGAAACCAGAUCAACGUAUGAAAAAUGACUGUUGCUUCUACAUUGAUCAAGUUUGAUCAUAAGUUACUGGUCCCCUCCCCCAUGUCAAACACUUGGAUUCAUUAUUAAGCAGACAAGGUGACAUCACCUUCAUUUUCAUUUGAAUACACCAAUGGUAACUAGAUAUUCUCUUACCUAAUUUAAAUAAGUACCGCCUUGUAAUCAACAUCGGAGAAGGCAGGUUUGCAGAGGGGCGUGGUUUAUGUAGCUAGAUAGCUACUUUACUGGUGCCAACAUUUGACUGUAGGGUGUCAGCAAAUAUAAUUAAAAGUUUACCCUAUUCAUCUAUGGCAAAGAUACUUAUAUGUUUCCCCUUUCAUCUGUGUCUGGUGUUAGCUAGUUACUGGCUAGCUAGGUCUUCAGCCAGCAUGGAACAAAAGGGGGGGAUGGGUCGUUCAAAACUCUGACGCAGUUGUCAAGUCAACAUAUCCGUCAGUGCUGCUGUGAACCAUAUCACAAGAAACAAACGGGAGAUGUAAAUGAAAAACAUAUCAUUAAUUCCAAUGUUUGAGUUGCUUCGUGUAUCACUAAAUUUGCUUGAGAUACAUUUACUGCAACACUGCUCACUGCACCCAAGUUGCUUGACAAAGGCGUUUCAAAGAGCCGCCAGUCAAGGCGAGCUCAUGAAUAGAAGCCCCCUGCCCUCUCAGCCUGUCUUUUCAAACUUCCUGGUAGUUAGACAAAAAAGUACUUUUCAGAAUGACUGUUCAGGACCUUUAAAAGUUUAGUUCCUACCUAACUGUUGUUGUGUUCAGGGGCCAUAUUAUUGCAGGCAGAGACCUCAGGGAAGUAGGUUAGUCUGACUCCGAAGGCUUCUUCUAAGGCUGGGCAGGUUCCAACACUCUCUCUCUCUCCCUCUCUCUCUUUUCCUCCCUCUCUCUCCCUCCUUCCCUCUCUCUCUCUCCCUCUCUCUCUUUUCCUCCCUCUCUCUCCCUCCCUCUCUCUCCCUCUCUCUCUCUCCCUCCCUCACUCUCUCUCCCUCCCUCUCUCUCUCUCCCUCCCUCUCCCUCCCUCUCUCCUCCCCUCUCCCUCUCUCUCCCUCCCUCUCUCUCCCUCCCUCUGCAGCCGAAUGGCCCAAGACUUUCACGGGGCUGCCCAGCACCUCAGGCACCACGGCCAGUGUAGUGGUCAUCCGGGGGGACCGCAUGUACGUGGCCCACGUAGGAGACUCUGCCAUAGUGCUAGGGGUCCAGGACGACCCCACUGACCAGUUCAUCAGGGCCGUGGAGGUUACACAGGACCACAAGCCUGAGCUGCCUAAGGAGAGAGAGCGCAUCGAAGGGCUGGGGGGCAGGUAAGGCUAACUACUACAUACUGCACUAAUAGGUUAGUUGUCCAGCCAGCCAACUCGAGAACUAACUAACUCAACAAUGUAAUGUUUUGUUUGUCUGGCGGACUAUCCUAACCAACACAUAAUACUGUGCUAAGGCCCCCAGCUGCAACACAACCACAACACAACCGUACCCUCAUGUGACUGUGCAUCCAAAACAACAGCCCCUAUGACAGGGGAAUGGGUUCGAGCCAAAGACCAUGUCUCCCUCCCUCUCUCUCUCUCUCUCUCUCUCUCUCUCUUGCAUAAACCACAUUGUCUACUCUACUCUACUGCAAGCUCACAAUCAGAUAAAGCAUUGUAGCAUCUAUGCCUGUUUGGUGUAAAACAACAGAACAACUCUCUGACUGACUGGGUAACUAGACUAGAGGGACGGCCAGGCACGGGGAACUAGACUAUAGUGACCGGACAGCCUGGGGCACUAGACUAAGGGACGGACCGCACUGGGAACUAGACUAGAGUGGACGACAGUCACUGGGGAACUAGACUAGAGGGAACGGACAGGCACUGGGGAACUAGACGAGAGGGACGGACAGCCACUGGGAGGAACUAGACUAGAGGGACGGACAGGCACUGGGGAACUAGACGAGAGGGGAACGGACAGGCAAUGGGGAACUAGACUAGAGGGACGGACAGGCACUGGGAACUAGACUAGAGGACGGACAGGCACUGGGUUAACUAGACGAGAGGGACGGACAGGCACUGGGGAACCCUGGACUAGAAGGGACGGACAGGCACUGGGGAACUAGACUAGAGGGACGACAGGCACUGGGAACUAGACGAGAGGGGACGGACAGGCACUGGGGAACUAGACUAGAGGGACGGACAGGCACUGGGGAACUAGACUAGAGGGACGGACAGGCACUGGGGAACUAGACUAGAGGGACGGACAGGCACUGGGGAACUAGACUAGAGGGACGGACAGGCACUGGGGAACUAGACUAGAGGGACGGACAGGCACUGGGGAACUAGACGAGAGGGACGGACAGGCACUGGGGAACUAGACGAGAGGGACGGACAGGCACUGGGUAACUAGACUAGAGGGACGGACAGGCACUGGGGAACUAGACUAGAGGGACGGACAGGCACUGGGGAACUAGACUAGAGGGACGGACAGGCACUGGGUAAACAACACACUACUCUAGAACCAUCUCCUUCAGGUAAGGAACACAUAGGCUUGCGUCCCGAAUGGUCCUGGUCAAAAGUAGUACACUACAAAGAAUGGGGUGCAAUUUGGGGACAUAGCCAGUGACGCCCACAGAGGGAGUGAGUGAGCUUGGAGUGAUUUCCAGUGACUUUAAGACUCUUGCCAGAUUAGUCAUUGGCAUCGCAGCAGUUUACUGUCAAUAAACGGUGCUGCUCACAUACCAUAACAGGGUUACUGUAUCAACCAGACAGUUGAAAUAAAGGUCGGUUAUUUUUGGAACACUUUAUACUACUUCUGUGAAUAAGCCAUUAAGGGAGCAUUUAUAAGGCAUGUGUUAAUGGGUUUAUUGAACAUUUGUAAGUGUGUCCCCCCAAAUAACACCCCAUUCCUUAUACAGAGCCUGCCACUAUGAAGAUAAUCGAGGCUUUUUGUGACACUGACCGGCUGAAUCAUAACUACUACUCCAUUACUACCUUACUAAAUGCCUGUGAUAACUCUCCUGUCUGUCUGUCCCUCCUAUCUCCAGAGUGAUAACUCUCCUGUCUGUUGUCCUCCUUCUCCGGUCGUCCUGUCUUCUGUCUGUCUGUCCCUCCUAUCUCCAGAGUGAUAACUCUCCUGUCUGUCUGUCCCUCCUAUCUCCAGUGUGAUAACUCUCCUGUCUGUCUGUCUGUCUGUCCUCCUAUCUCCAGAGUGAUAACUCUCCUGUCCUCCUGUCCCUCCUAUCUCCAGAGUGAUAACUCUCCUGUCGCUGUCUGUCGUCUGUCCCUCCUAUGUCCAGAGUGAUAACUCUCUGUCUGUCUGUCUCCCUCCUAUCCUCCAGGUGAUAACUCUCCUGUCUGUCUGUCUGUCCUCCUAUCUCCAGAGUGAUUAACUAUCCUGUCUGGUCUGUCCCUCCUAUCUCCAGAGUGAUAACUCUCCUGUCUGUCUGUCUGUCUGUCCCUCCUAUCUCCAGAGUGAUAACUCUCCUGUCUGUCUGUCCCUCCUAUCUCCAGUGUGAUAACUCUCCUGUCUCUGUCUGUCUGUCCCUCCUAUCUCCAGAGUGAUAACUCUCCUGUCUGUCUGUCUGUCCCUCCUAUCUCCAGAGUGAUAACUCUCCUGUCUGUCUGUCCCUCCUAUCUCCAGAGUGAUAACUCUCCUGUCUGUCUGUCCCUCCUAUCUCCAGAGUGAUAACUCUCCGUCUGUCUGUCUGUCCCUCCUAUCUCCAGAGUGAUAACUCUCCUGUCUGUCUGUCCCUCCUAUCUCCAGAGUGAUAACUCUCCUGUCUGUCUGUCCCUCCUAUCUCCAGAGUGAUAACUCUCCUGUGUCUGUCCUCACUCGAGUGAUACCCCUUCGCUUCCUCUAUCUCGAGUGUGAUAACUCUCCUGUCUGUCUGUCUGUCUGUCUGUCCCUCCUAUCUCCAGAGUGAUAACUCUCCUGUCUGUCUGUCCCUCCUAUCUCCAGAGUGAUAACUCUCCUGUCUGUCUGUCCCUCCUAUCUCCAGAGUGAUAACUCUCCUGUCUGUCUGUCUGUCCCUCCUAUCUCCAGAGUGAUAACUCUCCUGUCUGUCUGUCUGUCCCUCCUAUCUCCAGAGUGAUAACUCUCCUGUGUCUGUCUGUCUGUCCCUCCUAUCUCCAGUGUGAUAAAGAAGUCUGGGGUGAACCGGGUGGUUUGGAAGAGACCCAGGCUGACUCACAACGGGCCCGUCCGGAGGAGCACUGUCAUAGACCAGAUCCCUUUCCUGGCUGUGGCCAGAGCUCUAGGUAUGUUGUUGUGGUUGUCUCAAAGAUUGAGUAAGUUCCUCUAAUGUAUUUCUAUGAGAUGUAAAUACACUGCUCAAAAAAAUAAAGGGAACACUUAAACAAACACAAUGUAACUCCAAGUCAAUCACACUUCUGUGAAAUCAAACUGUCCACUUAGGAAGCAACACUAAUUGACAAUAAAUUCCACAUGCAGGUGGUGACCACAGACCACUUCUCAGUUCCUAUGCUUCCUGGCUGAUGUUUUGGUCACUUUUGAAUGCUGGCGGUGCUUUCACUCUAGUGGUAGCAUGAGACGGAGUCUACAACCCACACAAGUGGCUCAGAUAGUGCAGCUCAUCCAGGAUGGCACAUCAAUGCGAGCUGUGGCAAGAAGGUUUGCUGUGUCUGUCAGCGUAGUGUCCAGAGCAUGGAGGCGCUACCAGGAGACAGGCCAGUACAUCAGGAGACGUGGAGGAGGCCGUAGGAGGGCAACAACCCAGCAGCAGGACUGCUACCUCCGCCUUUGUGCAAGGAGGAGCAGGAGGAGCACUGCCAGAGCCCUGCAGAAUUGUUGUAGGGAGGUCAUACAGGCACGUGGAGGCCACACACACUACCGAGCCUCAUUUUGACUUGUUUUAAGGACAUUACAUCAAAGUUGGAUCAGCCUGUAGUGUGGUUUUCCACUUAAAUUUUGAGGAUGACUCCAAAUCCAGACCUCCAUGGGUUGAUACAUUUGAUUUCCAUUUUUGUGUGAUUUUGUUGUCAGCACAUUCAACUAUGUAAAGAAAAAAGUAUUUAAUAAGAUUAUUUCAUUCAUUCAGAUCUAGGAUGUGUUAUUUUAGUGUUCCCUUUAUUUUUUUGAGCAGUGUAGUUUAUGAUUAGUGAAUGUCAUAAUGCAGUUAUUUUGUUAAGUACUUCUCCCUAUUAGCUAAAAUCUACUUUUUUUUCAAAGUCUUCGAGCUGUCGUGCUAGCUGUUCGGUCCGAACAGAUUCACAAAUCAUGGGAAUUUGAUGUGCCAUGCAGACGUUGCAUAGUGUGAGAGACUUGCUAGCAAACUAAAUAAAUACCCCAAUGUGCACAGACGUCAAUUCAACGUUGGUUCAACGUCAUUUCAUUGAAAUGGUGAAUAACCUUUAUUGAAUUAUCUUCUGUCCCUAUAGGGGAUCUGUGGAGUUAUGACUUCUACAGCGGAGAGUUUGUGGUGUCCCCGGAGCCAGACACCUGUGUGCUGACCCUUGACCCCAAUAAACACCGUUACAUCAUCCUGGGCAGUGACGGGCUGUGGAACAUGGUGCCCCCCCAGGACGCCGUCUCCAUGUGCCAGGACAACGAUGAGGCCAUGGUGAGUUGUGGUGCAACGUCCUGUUCAGUAGGGCAAACCGUAGGAAAAAUGUUUUGCAACGGAAAACUAAAGAAAUCAGUGAUUCACUCUGUUUUGAAACGUUUUUUUCCCCUACUGAACAUGGCCCAGGGAUUUUCAAACUGGGCCACCGAGGCUUGUGUUCAGCCUUGUCUGAUUAGUUAACGACUGUAAAUAUCACCCCUCCCCCCCACCCUCCUAGGCGCCAUGCGGGGUGUCCAGCGCUCGCCAGCUGGUGAGCCAUGCCCUCCUGAGGUGGCGCCAGAGGAUGCUGCGUGCGGACAACACGUCGGCCAUCGUGAUCGCCCUGCAGGAGCCCGGUGUCCCCCAGGAGCCGCUCCACCAUGAGGAGGUGCUGCUCAACCUGGCCGAGGGACAGCACUGUGGCCCCACAUCGGGCUCCCGCUCCAACACGCCACUCAUCAAGGUACAGAGCAGAGGGACUCGUAAGACUGUGUCCCAAAUGGUUUCUAUUCCCUAUAUAGUGCACUGCUUUUGACCAGAGCCCUAUGGGGGAAAAUAGGGUGCCAUUUGGGACAAAGGCUAAAUCAUAAUGACUACUUUAUUACUACAUGACUACUGUAUUAAAUGCCUCUCUCUCUCUGUCUCUCUCUAGGUUCCAGACAUGGACAUGCCGUCUGCUGUGUGUGAGCUCCUCCCGACCCUGGAGAGACGAAACGGCCUAUCAGGGAGCAGCCUGUACGCCCUGGCCCUAUCAGAUCCUUUCGGCCCGCCUCUCUCCGACUCGGACGACGACUCCCGCACCGGGUUUCCCUCGACGACCGACAACCCCGCACCGGGGGAGGAGCUUAGUGAUGUCACCGCCAGGACGCCCGGCGCCAAACGGACGCUGGAUGAGACGUCGCCCAACCCCGUCCCGUCCGCCAAGAGGACCCGGAGGAAGAAUGGCGAGAGAACGCCGGCGGGGGCAAAAGACAGUGGAGGAAAGGACCAGAAACAGUCUCCGACUCCGCCCCCCACCAACGUGUCCCCAGCGCUACUCCAGCAACAACACGGCAAGACCACCGUGUGUGUGUGCUGAGAGAGAGAGAGAGAGACACACACACACACACUCUCUCUCACACACACACUCUCUCUCUCUCACACACACACACACACACACACAUACUCUCUCACACACACUCACACACACACAUACUCUCUCACACACACACACACACUCUCUCUCUCUCACACACACACACACACACACCACACACUCUCUCUCACUCUCUCACACACACACACACACACUCUGCAGAUGGACGGACCCUCCUCGUCAUACAUACAAACAUGGAUACAAGACAGACAAUAACAUUCUGCUUCUUCUCCAACCUUUUUUACAAACGACUACUGA